AUGACCGUCACGGAGGACGACACUCUCGGUGUCUACUUCCCGAUUAGCUACGACAAGGACAAGAAGCGCUCGGAGGACGAUGCUCUUGGUGUCUACUUCCCGAUUAGCUACGACAAGGACAAGAAGCGCUCGGAGGACGAUGCUCUUGGUGUCUACUUCCCGAUUAGCUAUGACAAGGACAAGAAGCGCUCGGAGGACGAUGCUCUUGGUGUCUACUUCCCGAUUAGCUACGACAAGACCAAGAAGCGCUCGGAGGACGAUGCUCUUGGUGUCUACUUCCCGAUUAGCUAUGACAAGGACAAGAAGCGCUCGGAGGACGAUGCUCUUGGUGUCUACUUCCCGAUUAGCUACGACAAGGACAAGAAGCGCUCUGAGGACGACGCUCUUGGUGUCUACAUGCCGACUAGCUACGACGGCGACAAGAAGCGCUCGGAGGACGACACUCUCGGAGUCUACUUCCCGAUUAGCUACGACGACGACAAGAAGCGCUCGGAGGACGACGCUCUCGGAGUCUACUUCCCUAUUAGCUAUGACAAGGACAAGUAG